AAACCUGGAUGCAGUUGAUUGCGUAAUUAUUGUAGUCGUUGGUUGAAUAAACCUGGAUGCAGUUCAUGCCUGAGAGUUUGUAUUCAAUGAUUAAAUGCGGUAAGUAGUGUCCGAAUCACGGUGUGGUCCGAAUUCACACCUCCUAGAGUGGCGUCCUCUGAAUUUAAAUGCAGGUAAGCAAGCAAGCAAGUAAGUAAGUACUGACUUACUUACUUACUUAAAGCUUACGCUUUUGCUGGUUGAAGGCGCCGGGUAAGAUUUAGGUAGCCGGAAAUACAUCAUAAACGUCGAGUUUCGGCGUACCGCAACUGCUGUUAGUUGAGUUUCGGUUUCGAUUGUUAUAAACGAUGGCUAGCAGGAGAAGUCUGAGCCAAUCCAAAAGCGACCAACCAACCAAUCGAUACGACUGCCACAAGAUGGCGACACCGUCUCUGCAAAACAUUAGCAGGGAAACAAGCAGCAUAAAAAGUAACAGCAACAGCAGCGCAACAACAACGACAAGUAGGAGACAAAAGACAGCAGCGGGAAUGCUAACGAUAGAUGACAAGGCGCAGGCUUGUGACCCGCUGAACAAAGGUACGUUGAAAAAGCAAGGAGCCGAUGCGUACGCUGUGCAUUCGACCGGAAUCGUCAAGAUGAUGCGCAAACGAAGUAGCGAACCUGUCGAAUUCUGUGCGGAUGCGGGCUUCGGUGGCUGCGGUAGCGGCAGCGGCGUGGUCGCCAAACGCAAGUUUACGGCCCACUUGAAGUUUGCAGACAUUGACGCUGCCAUGCUUCAGUGGGUUUUGGAGAAGACCUCCGAAAAGGUUCCGCUCUCUGACAGUGCCAUACAGGCGAAAGCCAAACAACUUGCACAGGUCCUGGGCACUACGGACUUCAAAGCGUCCAAUGGCUGGCUGUACAAGUUCAAGGAGAGGCACGGUUUCGCGCUCAAGAGCGGUUCCAAGGAGGAGGGAAGUCGCAGCACGCUUGAGGACAUGGGUGCAGGAGUCUGCGGUCUGGGGAACUAUCACCACGCGCUUCUCGACCACGAUCCGGUCCGUGUCUACAGCUGCUGCGAAACGUCCAUACUUUACAAAAGAGCGCCAUUCGGCAACGGCUGCGAACCAAGCCCCGAGAGCUGUUCGCCGGACGACCGACUGACAGUGCUGCUGUGCUGCAACGCCAGUGGCACCCACAAGAUCAAGCCUCUGGUUAUCAACAGCCAGCGUGAGACUCAGGAGGUGCGUGAGAACAUGCCCAAGUUGCCUGUUACGUAUGCCUGGCAGCGGUCAUCGUUUAUGACGAGCAACAUCUUCCAGCAGUGGCUCUGGGAGUUCGAGAAGCAGGUCGAACACAACUCGGUGCUUAUCCUUGAUACGUGCCCUGCUCACGUGAGCGUCCAGUCAGACCGCGUCAAGCUGCUGUACGUGCAGUCCAAUAUGCGCGAGCUGCAGCCUCUGUACGGAGGCGUCCUGAAUGUUUUCAAAUGCAAGUACAGGGCUGACCUGGUGGUUCACUAUCUCAAUUUCCCCGACCUGAGCAAUCGCAUCUCCAUUCUGGAUGCCCUGCUCUUGCUGGGUGAGGCCUGGAGCCACGUACCGCGCGAGACCAUCGUCAAUUGCUGGGUGCGCUCGCAGCUGCUGCCAGUUCGCAUGUGUGCUGGUCGCUCGCAUAAUGGCGAUAGUGACCCCAUGGACCAGCUGUGCUCGUCACUUAUGAAGGUGCGCCCCGACAUCACGCGCAAGGACGUUGAAGACUACUUGCACUGCGAUGACUCAUGCUCCACAACAUACAGUUUCAGCGAGGAGGCCAUUGAAUGCGCAAAGCCAGGCAUCACCGAGGCACCUCCCCACUCCCAGUAUCAGCAUGGUGGCUGUCCUACCAACCUACGUCCUGGUGAAAUACUGGGUAUGCUUGACAAAAUGGAGCAUUUCUUCACCCACCAGGCGCUGACCAGUACUACUGACUUGCUGGCCAUUCACAGCCUUCGAAGCAAAACUAUACAGAUAGCCAGCAAUGACUUUCAGAUCGAGUGAUUCACCGUCUUCCUUCUUCCUUCCUUUCUGGUAUAGCCAGCUUGGUUUUUUCGAUGAGGUAGCUGAAAUUGUAUAGAAUGGUCUGUGCCAGGUCCCCUUGGCACUUAGCAUUUCUCAAUAGCCCACUGAAAGUCACCUGUACUUGCUGAUGCACAUAGGUGGCACUUAGCAUUAAUUGUGCAGAUGGCUUGCAUGUGACUUCACACAAACCAUACUGGUAGACCAUGUGGCAUCACUACUAGGCUGGAUAUAAUGUGCUGCUUGUUGUGAUGCCAGUGCUCUUUCAAUGUGGCAGCUGUGACGUCAGUACAAGUGAUCUGUUGUCACUCCUGUUGACUACUUAGGCAAGGAGGCGCCCUGUGCCAACCAGGGAGCCUGUGUUCAAUAUAGUCAGGGUAGCGUCAAUACCUGAUUUAUAUUGCAUAGUAAAUAUGCAACUAUAGAUUAUCUAAGCCUCAUCAUGAGCUUGUUCCUUCAAGGGGCACCGAAGCCAUUGAAAACUGCACUCAGUCGACACAAUCGCAUAUUAACUCCAUCCAACUGUAAAAUGCUGUGAAAGCAAAAAAUGUUCUAGCAACUGAAAGAAGGAAGCAGUAGUGGCAGGAUUUGAUAUUUGUUGUUUCCAUAAAUGAACAUUUAAUGUGUUUGCUUUUUCAGUGGUCAUGUCUUGGCAAGUUAGACCAUGGAGGCUAUGCAAUGCAUGAAAAAGGAAUUGCACUACAAUGCUUUAAUAACUUCAACGGGUACAGGCACUAAUGUUCUAUGCCUCACUCCAGUCUUGCAUGUUCGGUGCGCUUAGUCACCUACUCUAAACAAAGAUCACAGUGUGAGAACUUUUUGCAGCCGCAUACAUCCAGCAAGCCUACCACUAAGAGUAAUUCACUACUGUUCACUCAGCUAUUAAUAUUUCUGGUAUGAACUUUUGUAUGGGCAAAUUUCACAUGACGUCGUGGGCCCUAUAGUGGUGGUGCCCAAGCCUUGACUUCUACAGUGUUUCCUGAGGUUAGUAAAAGCAGCUCGCUUUUUUUUUGCUCAUGGUUUGCAAGCUAGGCUACCAUGUGCAGCAUCUGUUAUUCUGCUUGUGCCAACAGCUAGCUGCACAAAAUGUUGUGAAUAAGUUAAUUUUACUGUUGCUACUAUGAGCACUUCUUUGGUGGCACCAAGUAAACAGAGCCACAGUUUUAUUGAAUUCCACAUAACAGUUGCGAGUCUCUCAUAAGUAAAGAAAUUGGCAUCGGGCUCCCAUGUAUUGUGUUCCCACUCAAUACGAUGUCGUCCCAUUGUGGUCCUGCAUCUUAUGUUCCCUUUUGAGGAGGGCACUGACCUAAAUUAAUACCCCAGUCACACGGGCGUGCCAAAGGUCCUUUAAAGUUAAGAAGCAUAGAGCUUUCAAAGGAACAUUAGUUCAAGGGAUAUGUGUCAGUGCUACACGGUCUCCGUUUAAGCUUUUAACAGAAACUGCAACGUAUCCUUAGCGCUGCCGUCGCCUCAAAAGUAAUAAAGAAUAUGGGCCCGAAUGCGUCUUAUAAUAAAUUUAUGCAGUAUUUUUUCUGCGAUAUUUACUUUUUCUAUUACAUUGAAACAUCAAAACAAAAUGUACGCAUAGUAAGGUCAUUACUUUACCAAAUACUGGAGGUAUUUAUUGUAAUGUGUUGCCGCUGAUGGCAGGUCGUGCCGACGCUGCUGUACCGGCGAGUUCAUGAUAGAGAUUGCGGGUGUCCCAAAAAUGUUUAGGAUUUUAUUACUAGUAUUUAGUACUUAGAAGCUUGUUCUAAACAGGUCAAAAUUAAACUUCCAUAUUUAUAAACAUUGUUAUUUCUGCUAUCGGACACCCUCUAUGCUCGAGAGUAUUCCCUUGAGAUUUGAAAGGACGAAUGCGGCCUCCUUUGGACUCAAAGCUCCCUUCCAGAAGUCCUCCUUUGGUGCACUCGUGUGACGGCUCGCAAUCUCCCUUGAAGUAAAGGAUCUUUGGUUCAAAGGUCUUUGAAAGUGCCCGUGUGACUGGGGUAUGAGAAGCGUGCACAGUUUACUACACAAAUGCAUAGGGGGUUUUGUUGGGUCAAAAGAGACACAUGUACAAGCUUCCCUGUGGCAUGCUGGCUUGUGGCAUCGUCACAUUACCAUCAAGGAUAAUGAUGACCAUCAUAGCUCUCAAAGCAUGUAAAGCGUCGGAGCACAUGACUGUCAGCUAUCAUAAUGGGGGCAAUGUAUACAAGAUAAUGUCUUCGCAACACUGUGAAUCCUAGAAUUUUUUUUAAAGCCUAGAACGUCUUUUAUGAACUAAAUUAUUUUUAAAGUAAAAGUGCACUGCUUUAAAUCAUUUUGACGGUUACCUUGUUGUUACAUUUUAUUGACCAUUACUUCUUUUUCGUGGUCAUCUGAAGGAUAUAGUGAGGCUCUCUUUUACUAAAGUCAGUGGGGUGAGGCGCUGGCUCCAUUGUGAAUAGGCUGUUGGAGUCUGUAUAGGUGCAUGAAGAAAUGGUGUUAAAUGUCCUUUCUUUUUCACACGAUUGUAGAUUAAGAAAACAUUCGCCACAAGAUGAACUCUGUUUAUUUAUUUUUUUUUUUUUUUCAAGGAUGAGGGCCUAGCUGGUGCCUGUACCCCUUCAGUAUGUUAACUCCGGGUAUUUUGCCAAGACCAUUGUUGGGAAGUGUUCUGUAUGAGUGAAUAACGCAGUAGGCAGUCAUUUAGUGUGCCUAAGCUAUAUACACAUUGUACCGAGUAUGCUCUUAAAAAGCAUGCAGCAGUCAGUCACUCAUUUGAAUGUUAAUCUCAACACCCUUAAUCCUUUUUCCAAAUUUUAAUUCAUUAUUCUGAGUGAAUAACGCAGUAGGCAGUCAUUUAGUGUGCCUAAGCUAUAUACACAUUGUACCGAGUAUGCUUUUAAAAAGCAUGCAGCAGUCAGUCACUCAUUUGAAUGUUAAUCUCAACACCCUUAAUCCUUUUUCCAAAUUUUAAUUCAUUAUUCUUGUCUUUGUUGCCCUUCUUAAUUUAACACUGACUCUUAACGUCAUUCCAAAUGUUGAGUAUUGUAUUUAGGAAGUAGAAAAGCAGCUGUUCAAGGCAUUUGCACAUCAUUUUCUUUAAUAUUUUUAAUGAGCAUUUCAGCCAGGUAUCAAUGCCAGGACCAUGCCACUAAGUAUUAUUUUUGUAGUCCCUGUUUUAAGUUCCUAUUGUUUACACCAUUGAGUUGUCACUCAUAUAAGCAUAUGCAUUUUACAUUCAUAUUGUCUAUUCCCUUCCCUAUCCAUUUUGUAUGUGUUCCUAUGUAUAUUUGAAAUAUGACUAGUGUGCACAUUUUGUGCUUUUGUGGCAUUAUACAAUGUUCCUCAUUUUACUGUGGUUUUAAGAUGUGCAGUCAUGUUCUUCAUUGUUCUGAUGAACAUCUUUUUUUGUUUAACCACUUUUUUCAUGUGUGAAUGAUUAUUUUAAAUGUUUAAAAUUACUUUCACUGUUUAAAGCUUACAACUCUCAGAACAAGAAUGCAUAUUGCAGAUUGCAAGACUGCUUAAUGAUAGUGUAACAGGAUGCUAUGAUUGCUUCUUCACGUGUCUGCGAGAGAUAGACUACUGGCAGGCACGACGUAACAAAGCAUAUUCCUUCGAAACUGUAUAUAAUAUAAUGUCCUAAAUAUCAAAUCUAUGCAGGAACACAGACAACAUUGUAGCAUUACCAGGCAGCAAUGCAUAAGCGAGAAGUCAAGCGAAAGUGUCAUGCCAGUGGCAUCUUAUGUGCUUGCAGUUUUUAAUACAGGAUUUACAGCAUUUAGAAAGUAGUUAUCUAUGCAGUUUUAUGUGUUGUUUUGACCCACACAAAUUUACAAGAUCUGUGGGUACAACCUACUAUGCUGAGCUACACUGAACAUCGAAAGAAACAUUGAACCUGUUUAAUGCUCUCACAUCGUGCAACAACACAUGCUAGUUUUUUAGAGUAGUUUUUUGCAGCAGGCACACCUAGUGCCUCUAAAGGACUGUCCAGAAUCGCGACUUGCACAUAUCAUUGUAUCAGUGACAAGGUUUACCCCUUUUCUUUUUGCGGGAACAUAUCACAGAUAUGACUAAAUUUGAGCUCAGUGUGCUUACAUGGAUGAAAGAAUGCUUGUUGCAUCUAUUCUACUAAUCGCUGUCCUGCAUUUUAAUCCUUGUGGUGACAUAUACUGUACUUGAAAUCUUAUGCACAAAUCGGUUCCAUUUCCUUUGUACAAAGUGAAAAUUUUCUAGCUGUGUGCUGGAUCACCCAGUGACCAGGCAGCAGCUAGGGUGCACAUGAUGCCUUGUGAAAAGACGUGAACCAGAUGUUCUGGCUUUCUUUAGCAGUCAUGUCUGCAUUCACAGGCCAUCUUUUUCAUAUUGCAUUUUUGUGUUACAUGCUUGUAGUGUUUCAAGUGCAUCAAAAAUUUUACUAUUGUUCACUUGGAGGUCACACAAUGUUUUUGGUCGUGUCAUAGCUGUCACAAUUUUUUUCCCGCUCUUGUCGUCUGUGGUUAUUCUGUCUGAGCAUUGAUUUCAAGCAGGAAUACUUUCCUGUAGAAGCUUUUUUUUUUUUUUUAAUGGGAAUCAUUGUGCAUUAUGCAUUGUUUGGAGUAUGGUGCAAAAACAGUCACAUGUUUUGUCUCCUUAUGUGAGCAUUUCUUCAUUUUGAAUCUGCUCAUUGUUACUUGGUCGCUGCUACCAAAGAAGUGGUUACACACUACCGGGGCACGAAUGGGCAUACCCUUUAACUUUACACCAAAACUUUUUAACACAUGUUGUAUUCAUGCGUAUUUUGCAUUGUUGAUUUAGCACAUCACUUGAAAGAUUGCAAAAUUUUGUUUGCCGCGAGACGUGUUCAAUGCAUACUUGUGCCGUGUUGUUUGUACAAAAAAAUGUGUGGCUACAUUACAUGCCAAGCAUGUAUUUGCAAAUGCGGAGCCAAAUCAAAACCUUGUCUGAACACUGUAGAUGUGCAGACCUUAUGCUUUCCUGUUGAGUUGUACUUUUGGUGGGUAGUACAGUCAAACAUUGUUGUCAGGUGCAAAGAAAGAAAAUGACUUGUGGUUGAUAGAUAAUCCCUCUGCUCCAAGUUUUUGUUUACUCAAUUUUCUUUGCAACACUCUUCGUAGCUCAGAAAGCACAGGAGCACUGCUUGUUAAAUUUGCGUACAUAAUUAUUGAUAGACAAUAUAAAAUUAUCUGAAUGCUGAAUUGGAGCCUUAGUCUUAAGCUGUUGAGCUGUUAUUUGCUGAUGGACAUUUAGAUUUAGUAUAUUUUUGUUGUGCACUGCACUUGUAACAGCGAGUAAAAUAUAUUUUUGAACAGAAACACGAAGCUGAAAGUCAGACCAGGUAGUGAUGUGCAUGCAGUUGCAUCCCUGUAAUUAUCCCUGUAAGUUGCAUCCCUGCAAUGUUUAUUAGAACAUUGCCUGUGUUUUGGAGGACAACAGUUCGAAGGCUAUUUUUACCAUCUGAAUGCACUCAACAUGUACUGAUAUACGCCUUUACUUAACAUGCACUAAAAAUGUGAAGAAAUAAAGGUACGUUUAGUCGAGAUAUCUUUUAUACUGCAAACCUUUAGUUCAGUAUGUCAGCAGAUGAUGUGACAGGAACGAAGUUUACUCUCACCACUGAUGUAAUCGAACAAUAGCAUCACAUUUUACUUUUGAUAAAGUAGCCUCUAUGGUAACAUGUGAAAGUUGAUGUACAUUCCAAAAGGUGCACUCCCAGCCGCACCGACAGCUAGCCGUUUCUGAACUUGACAUGAGUUGUAUAUUGUUGAGAAGCAGUCCCAGCUUCCUGCCCCCCCAUUUUUUUUUUUUUUUUUUUUUCGCUUUGGCCUUCUUGUCAUACCCCUAGUAGCUGCUCAUUUACGCAGCACAACAAAGACGAAUCAAAGUUCUGAGCUUUGGAUAAAAACCUCUGGCCUUAGCACGAUAAGCAAGCGUUCUGCCAGUAGAGUUGCUGUGGAUUAUAGUGUGCAUGUGAGACAAUGCAGCUAUCUUGUAAUGCUGUAUUUGCAGAAAGUAAUGAGUAAGCAAUUGCUUUAGAAAGCUUGUACUUUGAUGUGGUAGGUGAGAGUGGUUUGUUAGAAGUCGACAUAGCUAGUAAGUGUAGAAGGGACAUUUAGCAGCUGGAAAAUGUGUGCCAAAUUGUUUCGUGGCGUUUGAGUACAACUUACCAUUCCUAGCCCUGCAUGUUUUAUGCAGAUUGUACUGUACAUAGCAGUCAUUGCCUACUGUAGUUUGUGAAGCUUAUAUUAUUCUAUGCAUAGCCAUGGUCUCUGUCACAUGCGUGUUAGUUUUGUUUGCCAUGUGCAUCGUUUACUGGCCUGCUUGUCAGAAACCUUGAUCAAGCAGUCACACAGUCUGCCCUUGUCCUCUGUUUCGGUCUGCAUUGCUGUGCUUUUUCCACACUAGAGAAGAAAUGCUUUGUUCAAGUGCAUUCAUUGCAUGCAGUAUUUUGUUUUAUGUGCAUUUUGAUCUAUUUAUAACUUGUGCAUUAAUAAUAUUGAUGCUGGCUUGAGCAAAAAAAGAAAGAAACCUUUGCUUAACCCCACAAAGCCCAACAUAUCAUUGUUAAUAUGCCGAGAUUGAUACCUCAAUUUUCUGAUUUACGUGAGGGAAACUUACUGCAAAGCCUGUAGUUGCAUUUUUGAUACGGUGGAGCAAGGUCUUAGUUGUGCAUAGCCAUCAAAUUAUUUGCAAGGAAUUAUUCUAAUUUUUAACUGAAAUACUGCUUUAUACGAAUGUACUCUUCAUGGCCAGAAAUACUAAUGAACACAUGCUAAUUUUCUUUAGUGUAGAAUGGUGUUUGGCCUUUCUGGGAUUAAGCUUUUGGAACUCCUAUGCUUUGCAAGUCAGCGAAGUGUGGUUACAGAACAAAACUGCUUAUAUAUAAAAUGCACUUCAUUAACAUUUAAGUGUUGUUUGUAAUAGCAAGAAAUGAGCCGCCAAUCAAAUGUUUUUGAGCUAUUUUUGUUUACUGAUGUUUAUUUGCUGCAUAUUUAGUCUUCAUAGUUGGUUGUCAUCUAGGCAGCCUUGUAUGGAGAACGAAGUGCUAGUUCUUGUCAGUAGCUGUUGAGCUUGAGUGAUAGACUGAUAGCUACGGUGAACCCACAAAGACCUGCCUGUUGAUGCUGGGCAUCAACACAACGUAUGCAAUUUAGCAUUUUUUAAUAAAAGCCAUUUCAUGCAACAGCUGUAUGCAAACAGAACAGAAGGAACUGCUGCUUUGUUUGUGUUGCUGAGGCAGCAGCUUGGUAAAUAAGUUGCCACACACACAGAGAAAAUGUUGGUGUUUCAGAGAUUUGGUAUGCUAAGCAAUACAUCUUUACCACUGCUGAAUAUAUGAAGGCUUCAUGCAAAUGUAACAGUUCAUUGUGCUUAUACCUCUGUUCAAAAUUAAACAUACUUUUUUAAAACUACUCUCGGGCAAUAGGUAAAGGGUCAUACACUCUUGGGAGAAACAUCAGAUUAGUGUGCACUUCUUCAUGUCAAAUUUAGGUGUUUAUGGACACUUGAAUGUUUUUACAAGACGUUUUCACUAAUGUCCCUUUACUGCUUGCAAAAUAAUUUUUGUAAAUGUUUUAUUUACUUGUGGGGACGGUGCAACUUGUCAAAUGUUUCCCAUUGUUUCUGGCUUUGUGGCAUUAUUCAGGCACUCUUUAAAAAAAAAACUGAAUUUUUAUUAAUAAUGAUUCGUCAAUGUAAUUUGUACCCUCUGUUCUGCAUGUAUCUUUUGCAUCAUAAUAGUAAUUUUGCAACAUAAUGCUUAUUCUUACUGAUACAUUUUAUUAUAAUAUUACUGUGAUUAUUUGCCUACAAAUAUGUUUCUGCAGAAUACUUCUAAGCUAGGCUAGUUGGUUUAUGAUGAACAUAGUAAACAUCGUAAGCGAUGGGACAAGUGAGAGAGAGAGGUGUGGGAAUUAUGCCAUGUUUCUAAUCUUUUUUUCUCCAAGUUGGUAGAAGUGUCAUUUAAAACUUCUGUUUAAGAUUAGAACAAGCCAGAUACAGAAGUUCUUGAAAGCUGCAUAUGUGCUUCAAAAGAGCACAGAUACCAUUCAAGACCUUGCCUGCUCAACUAUGCACACAGCCUUUGCUGGGAAGCUGGUAACAUGCUUGCACAGCCAGCAAAUAACUGCAAGAAAUAUGCGAUAGAAGUUCACUGAUAAGUUCCUCACUAGUGAGCUUUCUUGGCUGCACUGUCACUGAAAAGCCUAGCUCCUGUGAAACAUUAGACAAAUUGUAUUACCACUAGUUUGGUCAUAGUAAAACAUUUAGUGGCCUUUAACAUACAAAUAUUCAAGACGAGAGUCGUUCCGCGACUCAAUUUUGACAGCAUACAAAUCUUCUUCUUUGCUAGUUUUUUCUUUUUUUCCUUGCACUAUUUAUUACUUGUAAGGUGGUUCAUGUUUAUCACUAUGCAGCACCAACUGUACAUGAAGAACACGUAGCAUUACAAUGUAGCAAAGUUAAUGUAAAUGGCCCCUUCUCAAGUGCAAGCACCUUUGUACCCCCCAUUUUUACUGUGGUUCAGCUGAAGGAAAAAAAGAGAGGUUCGUUAACCACAGUGUUAGCUGAUGCCUGUGCACUCUCUUCUGGUGCAUCCUUUGCUGGGGGCACUAGCUGAAUCAUCGGCAAGCAUUCAUGCAUCUAUUUUCAGAACCCCAGCUGUGACCAACAUACUUCACAGCCUCGAGUUUCCACAGGUGCGAGUUUCCCAGUGCACUCCUAAUUAAAGCAUCUGUCCACUUUGUGCCUAGCCUGUGUUGUGCUUUUUGUUUUUAUAUGAACACAUGAGAAACUUGCACCUUCUUAUCAGGCAAGGAAAAGCUCACCCAUUUUGAUAUAAUUAUGUAAAUGGCUAAGGGAUUAUCAAAGCAUUUACAACCUACAAGUGAAUGAAAAGCAUCCUAUGGUCUUAUGUUUAUUUUUGUGUUUUAUUCUUUUUAUGUAGCAAACGUUGGCACCAACCCUACUUACUUGCGCCGUUGUAUGCAAUAUUGUUGGCUUACUGCGACUUCUUUGUAAUCGGUGCGUGUUAUGUCCAGUGGCAAAAAUAAAGGCGCUGAAAGACA